UUGCUCCUAUACAUUCUGACCAAGAGGUUGCGGAAGGCAUCUUACUACUUGGUGAUCAAUUUAGCCAUAAGUGACAUGAUUAUGAUGCACUGCAUGGGAAUUUUCAUUUAUAAUAGCUUCCAUGGUGGACCAGCCGCUGGAUCGGCUUGGUGUACUUAUUACGGAUUCUUCAGCGGAUUUUCUGGAACGACAGCAAUCAUGACCAUAGCCAUGAUGGCCGCCGAAAGAUACGUUUGCGUUUCAAGACCACUGGAUCCAUCAAGUCGAAUGACGAAGUCCAGAGCUUUGAUAAUAGUUAUCUCCAUUUGGAUUUACGCGUUAGUCUUCAGCAGCAUGCCACUUUUUGGCAUAAACCGUUACGUACCAGAGGGCUUUUUAACCAGCUGCAGCUUUGAUUACUUAUCAGACACUAUGCAGGAUCGUAUAUUCGUUCUUUCUUUUUUCGCAGCUGCUUAUUGUGUACCCAUGAUCAUCAUAUGUCGAUGCUACAUCGGAAUCGUGCUCAGCUUCAACGAGAGUCAACGGCUGUUCAUCUUACAGACAAAAGGUUUGCGAAGCAGAAGCAAGAGCAUUGAAAAUCAAAGAAAUCUCGAAGUUAAGUUGAUUAAAAUUUCCUUCUAUCUAAUUUCCUUGUGGACAAUUGCGUGGACUCCUUACGCGAUUGUCGCGUUGCUAGGCGUAUUUGGCGAACACUCCGCGCUGACUCCAAUGAACUCGAUGAUCCCUGCGUUGUUCUGCAAAGUAGCUUCGCUUCUGGAUCCUUUUAUGUAUGGCUUGAGUAACAAAGAAUUCAAAAAGGAGUUCAUCAGAAAGCUUCUUUCCAUCAACAAAGGCAAAAAAUUCCGCGCGAAACAAAUAGUCACUUCUUUCCUCAUGAGAAGGAUAUCAACUAAAUCCCACGACGCCACGAUCUCAGACGACAACGCGGAUCUGUCUUCAUUCGAUGGGCCACUUGAUGUGAUUUCACCUACGGAGGAACGGCAUUCCCAACUUUUUGUCUAUUCUUUGCAGGACCAACUCAAUCAUUUAUCCAACCACAUCUCACACAUUGCUAACUCGAAACCCCCCUCAGAAAUACCAAGUUAUCGUUCUCUGAUGAAGCAGCAAGCCAAACACAAACAAGAAUCAUUGGAAUUAAACAUUAUCCACAAAGCGCAUGAUCAUGAACCUGAGGCACUCGAAACUACUUAUUCGAGAAACACUUCCCAAGAAAAAACAAUUCUAGAUGGUAAUGACAACGCAGUUGCAAACAAUUCUGUUGGAGUUGAUGGCUCGGCUUCAAACGUCUCAAACUCUAAACUAGUCAAAGAAGACGCUAGCAUAAGUCUAAAAAGCAUGCAAGUGUUUCCAAUACCUCAAAUCUACAUGAUAGAAACGUAUAGUGAUGUUAUUCGUUUUAAAUCUCGAAGAUCGUUUUGA